ACAAAUUAGUAAACAAAAAAUUGUAUUUCUUGUUUUUCAACGGUUAAUCAAGAAAUCAAUAAUUGUUAUAACACCAAAUUACAACGAGUCGGUCGCACAUUUAAAUAUUAAAUGACUUUGGGACGUAAAUAUCAACAAUCUUCCGGGAAUGUGGGGGAGGCCCGUAAGGUGUAUUCUAACCAGUCGAAGGUCGGGACUCUAUCUGGUUGCUCGUCUUCAAUAUCAUUGAGUGACAUGAUCGAACCACCGGAUUAUGAGGAGGUGUGCGACCGGCUGAUGGGGCCGAGAGAUCCUCUCGCGUACCCGCCAGUCGACAUGGAACUCAUCUAUGUACCAAGACGAAUUCGAACAGUAACCCAUGUUCUACCUGAUGAAGACUUAACAAAAGCACCAAUGUUCGUCCGUGAUUGCCUCCGCUGUUACACGUCUGACUAUUCAGUGGUGGAAUACAAGUACCGUGCGUACUCGGGCUCGUCUUGUGGAAGGGAGAGGCUCGCUGAACGGCUGGAGAAACUUCAAACUGGACCGAGGCACCUCUAUGAGAUUGAUGCUGAUUUCUUAUCUACUAAUGACGAGGCUCUCUCACAACAGUUCGAAUCUCAACCGUCAAGCGGACGUCAAUCGGUGGCUUCUAUCUCGUCAUCGUCAUCAUGCAACGAGACACUGACUCCUCGAGGUUCGUGGGCCAGUCUCGAUCUGAGAAGCUCUUCCUCAGAUCCUCUACUGCCAGAGAUAUUCGAGAGAAAACCUUUGGAACAGGUGGAUGCCGCCAAUGAGGCUAGGAGGCUGGAGAACCGUCAAGCUGAUCUCCUGGGACUGUACACUCCGUACCUGGACGAGGAGGAGGCGGUGGAGCGUCGCCUGGCCGCGGAGAUGCCCUGCGAGAUACUGGGACACAGGAUAUUAGUGGUCUGCCACCAGCUGAAGCUGGAAUUGGACGUCGAACCUCUGUUCGCUUCGAUGGCCCUCUACGACGCUAAAGAGAAGAAGAAGCUAUCGGAGAAUUUUUAUUUCAAUCUGAACUCGGAGUGCACGCGGCAGAUGCUGAGCGCUCACGUUCCUCACGCUGACAUUUCGACGCUGAGCAGGAGCGCCAUCUUCGAAGUCCAGAACCCGUCGCCGGAUGUUUUUUUAGUCAUCAGGGUGGAGAAAGUCCUUCAGGGCGAUAUCAACGAAUGUGUUGAACCUUAUAUCAAGGACGAUAAGAACCGCGAGAAGGUCCGCGCGAGUGCGCAGGCGGCGUGCUCCCGCCUCGGCAAGUACCGCAUGCCGCUGGCGUGGAGCGCCGUGUCGCUGCUCAACAUCCUCAGCGGCUCCAACAGCCUGGACCGGGACCAGCCCGACAAGGACACUCUGUCGGUCGGCUCCAACACCAACAGUCUGGACCGCAAGGCGUCGUCCAGCAGCCUGGAGGCGCUACGGCGGCGCGCGGGGGAGGUGGGGGGCUCGCUGACGCGCAAGGGCUCGCUGGAGCGCCGCGCCCCCCCGCCCGACCACCUGGCCGCCGCGCUGCCCACCUUCAGCCCCGUCGUCAUCACGCUCACCAGCUUCUUUAAACAGGAGCCGGACAAGCUCCGCGACGAGGACCUGUACAAGUUCCUGGCCGAGAUCAAGCGGCCCAGCUCGGCCCCCAAGAAGCUCAAGUGCAUCCCGGGCACCCUCAAGAUCGAGGUGUGUCCCUGCCCGGACGAGGUCAAGAACGGACUCACGCCGGAGCUGGCGAAACUGAACCCCUAUGGAGACGAGAACGUGCGUCCGUGCAAGGAGGUGCUGUCCUUCCCGCUGCAGGCGCCGGCCGUGCCCCACUACCAGUACCGCAACCUCAUGUACCUGUCCGUGCGCGACCUCAACCUCGCCGCCUACACCUCGCGCGCCGGCUCCGCCAGGAACAUCACCGUCCGCAUACAGCUGAUGUCGGGCGAGCAGGAGGACGCGGCGCUGCCCGCCAUAUUCGGCCGCAGCGCGUGCUCAGAGUUCACAACCGAAGCCUACACCACUGUCAUCUAUCAUAACAAGAACCCGUCGCUCUACGACGAGAUAAAGCUGAAGCUGCCCGCGGACCUCGGCGACCAGCACCAUUUGCUGUUCACGUUUCUGCACAUCUCGUGCCAGAGGAAGCCCGUGGCUCACGACCUGGAGAAGAACGUCGAGACUCCUGUUGGAUACUCUUGGCUGCCGCUGUGCCGCAACGGCAAGCUGUCCUGCGGAGAGUUCAGCCUGCCGGUGAUGCAGGAGGAGCCCCCGGACAACUACUCGUACAUCUUCCCGGACGUGCAGCUCCCGGGCACGCGCUGGAUCGACAACCACCGCCCCAUCUUCAACAUCAGCCUCGACCCUCACACCACGGUGCAUCCCCUGGACGGGUACAUCGAACGUUUCGCGAUGGCGUGCGAGGCCGUGCAGGAGGGCAACAUCCCUCCGAGGAUCGGCCUCAACAACAUGGAAGCGGAACUCAGGACUAGCAUAUCGGAGCUGUCGUCGGCCAACGUGGAGGUGCUGGCCCGCUACCUGCCCGUGGUCAGCGACAAGCUCGUGCGGCUGCUGGUGGCGCCGCCCAGCCUGCACGGCCAGCCGCUCAACAUCGCGCAGGACGCCUUCACCUGCCUGGCCAGUCUGUUCGCGGACAUCACCGGCCUGAACGAGGGUGCGACGUGCGACGCCCACGGGCGCAGCUCGAUCCUAAGCGCCUACAUCCAGUACCAGUGCACCAUCCCGCGCCCCUCCAUCGCCGACCGGGACGUGGGCCUGCCGCUGCCGCCCGCCGUAAUGAUGGAUGGAUCCUGCAAGAUCUUGCACGAGGAACUAGCGCUGCAGUGGGUGGUCGCCAGCGGAGUGACCAGGGACCUCGCCAUGCAGAACUCCUGGGCGCUGUUCGAGCUGCUGGUGAAGUCGAUGUCGGAGUACGUGCAGUGGAGCGGCGCGCACGAGGCGGCCCGCAAGGCGCGCUUCCCGGAGCCCUUCACCGACGACCUCACCACCCUCGUCAACUGCGUCACCUCCGAGAUCAUAUCCGGCUACGGCAAGAACAGUCGGCUGACGCAGAGCCUCAACAACAGCCUGGCGUUCUUCCUGUUCGACCUCAUCAACAUAAUGGACCGCGGCUACGUGCUGAGCCUCGUCCGGACCUACUACAAGCAGAUGAGCGCCAAGAUCGCGUCCCUGCCCGACGCCGUGCCGCUCGUGCACUACAAGUUGGCGUUUCUGCGCAUCGUGUGCUCCCACGAGCACUACGUGUCCCUGUCCCUUCCCGGAGGGGGCCCGGGGGGUCGCGGCGGCGCGUCCUCCCCCGCCCCCUCGGCGCACUCCGGGGGAUCGAGCAGCGCGCCGCCCCCCGCCUCCGCACUCACCCACGACUUCCGGUCCCGCCACUACCUGCCCGGCCUGCUGCUGGCUGAGCUGGCCAACGCGCUGGAGAUGCAGAGCCCGGUGCUGCAGAGCGCGGCGGUGGGCGCGGUGCUGGGCCUGCUCACGGCGCACGACGCGGACCCGCGCGUGGCGGAGCCCGAGCUGAAGGCGCGCGUGGCCUCGCUGUACCUGCCGCUGCUCGGCAUCGUCAUGGACGCCUACCCGCAGCUCUACAGGGGCUUCAACAACAACAAGGAAAUCCUUCAGCUGGACAGCGAGAUGAGUCAGUUCGGGAGUCUGUGCUCGCCGCCCUCCCCGGUCGACUACAAACAGGAGGGCCGGGCCGCGCUGAACAGCGAGACGAGCCGCAACCUGGUGACGUGCCUCGCCUGGGUGCUGAAGUGGGCCGGGCCCUGCGCCGCCGACCUGCCGCCCUCCGCCCUGCGCACCCUGCUCGCGCUCAUCGACCUCGCCUUCAGCUGCCACGAGUACAAGGGGCGCAAGGAGAUCAUGAAGUGCGCUCAGCAGAACGUCCGUAAGACGACAGACAUAAAGGCGAAAUUAGAAGACGUCAUUCUCGGCCAGGGAUCAGCGCGGUCCGAUUUCAUCAUGCGUAGGAAAGGGGGCAACAUGUCCAACGGUGGGUGUAAGCGUGAGCGAUGGCGCAAGGAGUGGGUGCGAGGCGGAGGGCGGGACUGCGCCCCCUCCCCCGCCGCACCGAACCCCUCGCUCGCCGCCGCGCUCGCGGGAGAGCUCUCCCUCACCCUCCUGCACGCCCUGGAGAAUAUCGUCCAGGCCAGCAGCAACCUGGAGUGCGGUCAGAGCAUCUGCAGUACGGCGCUGCAGGUGGUGCUGCGAGCCCUGCAGCGGAACCAGAGCGUGGUAGUGCUGCAGAACAUGCUGGCCACGGUGCGGGCGCUCAUCGUCAGGCUGGGCUGGUCGUGCUGCGGCGAGGAGUGGAGCGUGUGCCGCGUGCUGCUGCGGCACGGCGCCGCGCUGGCGGGCGGCACGCGCGCGCACGCCGCCGCGGCGCUGUACGCGCUCAUGCGCCAGCACUACCUGCUCGGCAACAACUUCAGUCGCGUGAAGAUGCAGAUAACGAUGUCCCUGUCGUCGCUGGUGGGCACGUCCACCACCUUCAGCGAGGAGUCGCUCCGCCGCGCGCUGAAGACCAUCCUGGUGUACGCCGAGCGCGACGCCGACAUGCACGACACCACCUUCCCGGAGCAGGUGAAAGAUCUAGUGUUCAACCUCCACAUGAUCCUAUCGGACACGGUAAAGAUGAAGGAGUACGCCGAGGACCCGGAAAUGCUGCUGGAUCUCAUGCACCGCGUGGCGCGAGGGUACCAGCACAGCCCGGACUUGAGGCUCACCUGGCUGAACAACAUGGCGCAGAAGCACAUGGAGCGCUCGAACCACGCGGAGGCGGGCAUGUGCCUGGUGCAGGGCGCGGCGCUGGUGGCGGAGCGGCUGGGCGCGCGCGGGCGGGGCGCGCAGCUGCUGCACCGCGUCACGCACAACGCGCUGGACGAGAGCUGCCCCGACGCGCUGCACCACCACCUCACGCACCACGAGCUGCAGGCGCUGCUGGACCACGCGGCCGGCGAGCUCAUGGCGGCCGGCAUGUACGAGACCGUCAACGAGCUCUACAAGGUGCUCAUCCCCAUCGCAGAGGAACACCGCGACUACAAGAAGCUGGCUAACAUCCACAGCAAGCUGCAGGAGGCGUUCACCCGCAUCGAGCAGCUGCACGGGAAGCGCGUGUUCGGGACGUACUUCCGCGUGUGCUUCUACGGGCAGCUGUUCGGGGACCUGCACCUCCAGCAGUUCGUCUACAAGGAGCACGCGCUCACCAAGCUGCCCGAGAUCUUCAGCAGGCUCGAGAACUUCUACAGCCAGCGCUUCGGGGCCGAGAACGUGGUCAUCAUCAAGGACUCCAACAACGUGGACCCCGCCACGCUGGACCCGGACAAGGCGUACAUCCAGAUCACAUACGUGGAGCCGUACUUCGAGCCUCACGAACUCCGGAGGCGCCUCACGCACUACGAGCGGAACCACAACAUCAAGAGGUUCAUGUACGCCACCCCGUUCACCGCGGAGGGCCGGGCUCACGGAGACAUCGUGGACCAGUGCAAGCGGAAGACCAUCCUGACCACCGCCCACCACUUCCCCUACGUCAAGACCAGGAUACAGGUGGUCCAGAAAACUCAAAUAAUCCUCUCGCCGAUCGAAGUGGCCAUCGAGGACAUACAGAAGAAGGUCGCCGAGCUGAGCGCGGCCACGAGCGCGGAGCCGGCCGACGCCAAGAUGCUGCAGAUGGUGCUGCAGGGCUGCGUCACCACCACCGUCAACCAGGGGCCGCUCGAACUCGCGCAGGUGUUCCUAGCGCCGGUGGCUGACGGCACGCAGCCCCCCACCCGCCUCACCAACAAACUGCGGCUCACCUUCAAGGACUUUUACAAGAAGUGUCAAGACGCUCUAAAGAAGAACAAGAACCUGAUCGGUCUGGACCAGCGCGAAUACCAGCGCGAGCUGGAGCGGAACCUGCAGCGCCUCGCCGCCAGCCUCCAGCCGCUGCUGCAGCACCCGCCCUCGCACGCCGCGCUGCUCAGCAACGGAGUGAACAAGGUUGACUACAAGUUCCAGGCAUAGACAAGGAUAGGUCUCGAAUUUCGCUACAAUUAUAAUAAUAUAUCUAGAAUCACAGUUAAUAUACCCAAUAAACAUUGCUAUAUAAUACUGAAAUCGUUUCCUACCCACACGCACCCACCGAAUCCCAGUAUAUUUAAGUCAUUCAAAGUACAUUCACAAUGUACGAGCACCGCGAAUAAACACUUUAUAAAUAGUAUUUUUUUAUAAUAAUAAGAUUAUGAAGUAGCCUUGUCGUUAAGCAACAUAUAUUUACUUCAUUAUAUUUCAGAAGCUACCUAUUAAUAAUGAAUCUCAUAUUUAAUAGGUUCACAUCUAAUUUUGCUAUGUAAAGUUAUGGCGCAGUAAAUUAUGGUUAAAUUUAUCACCAGCCUACGGUCGUCCGCUGUUGAACUAGACCUCCAGCUCGCUGAGUUUCACGCCGGAUCUUGUCAGUGGGUCGCGAUUCCGAUCCGGUGGAAAAUUCAGCGUAACACUGCUCUUGCUAGGGCUAGCGUUUGCA